AUGCAAAAUGCUGAACUAUCUGAUACCAUUACAGAACAGGAUGACUUAAAAUUUUGCUUCAAACGCAGUAACAGAAACCCUCACCUAUACAAUGCAGUUUUUCGGGCUCAACCCACAGUUUGGAGAAAAAUCAUCAGCAUGUGUAAAUUAUCCAUCGAUCAUCAGCGUAUACACGUUGAGGAAUUUUCACCAUUUAUGCAAUGUCAUAAAUGUUACCAGUUUGGACACACAAAGAACAAAUGUAUUUCGGAAAACACUGCAUGCGGUCAUUGUGCCGCAACCACACAUAAUUCUGAAAACUGUCCUAAAAGAGACAAUCCGGACUGCGCUCAGUGUAUCAACUGUGUCGCACAUAACACCAAAUUUAGCACAAAACUUGAUACCAAACAUAAGGCUACAUCCACUUAUUGCCCCAGACUGCGAGCCAUGAAAGAAAGAAUCAUAAACCGAAUUGACUAUGGAUCAACCGGCCAUUUCCAAAUUGCACUGGUGUCAGAGCCCUAUGUGGGAUCUGGCAAUAUUGUUAAACCCAUCCCUGGUAUCAACAUAUUUCAGUUCCCCAAUGGUAACAGGGUCAAAGCGUGCAUAAUGACAAAAUCUAGCUGUGAUUCCGUAAUAGGUCUAUCCCAAUUUUCAUCGGCUAAUUUCAGCGCAGUUCUAUUGAAUAUUGAGGGCAGUAAACUGUACAUAGCAUCCGUCUAUAUCGAGCCUAAUAGUGAUGAAAACAAUACAUUGCAAAGGGUAGAAAACUUUUUAAAAAUGACCAGUAACUGCCAUCAGUUGAUUGGCGGUGAUUUUAACGGUUGGCACCCUAUCUGGGGUAGCGACCGAGCAAAUUCGCGGGGAAACGAAGUUGUUGACAUUGCCUAUGGCAAUGACAUGUUUUUCUGUAAUAUAGGCCAUACUCCUACUUUUGAGACAGUUUCAUAUGGACAAGUGCGUAGUUUUUAUAUUGAUCUUACCCUUGCCUCUAGCUCUAUUUAUGACCGGAUUGGGGACUGGAAAGUUGAUCCUUUAAUCUGUCCAUCUUCUGAACACAGGGCAGUAAUAUUUUCAGUCGCAACUCGUGGUGAAAGAAGAAAAACCAACAAAACAACCAGUACGUUUAGAUACAAUACGAAUAACAUAAAAUGGGAGGAACUAAGACCUUUCUUUGAAACUAAAAUUAUGGAAUAUGUACCCCAAAAUGUUACAGUUGAACAGAUGCAGGCAAAUGAACUGGAAGAUUACAUAAUUUCAGUUACAUCGGCAAUUCAAAGAACAUGUGAUGAGCUGCUCCCAAGGUCAACUGGUCGAAAAUACCGCUGCCCUUGGUGGACAGACGAACUUGAAAGUCUCAAAAAACAAGUAAUACGCAACCAUCAUAACAUACAAAAACUUCGCCGACAAAAUAAACCACUUAAGGACGCCCUUUUGGAAAAAGAACGCUUAAAAACUGCUUAUUCAAAAACCUUUAGAGAAACUUCCACGCGAAAUUUCAGAGACUUUUGUGAAAGGCAAGGGAAGGAGGAUGUGUGGUCCGUUACAAAUAGAAUAAUCAAAUCAAACCCACCUCCGCUGCCACCAGCCACACUAAAGAAAUGCGAUGGUACAUACACCAACUCUAGCCUCGAAACCGCCCAAGCUCUUCUUAAUAAGUUUUUUCCCGAUGAUGACAUAAAUGAUACACCACUUCAAGAAGAAGCUCUUUUGUGGCCCUUUCCUAUGGAAUUUAAUUGUGGACGAACUUCUCGAUAUGGAUAUGCCACCUGGAGCUACAAUACAAGCAUUUGCGGAUGA